AUGAGUGAGGGGAAAGGGAAGCAGCAGACUGGUACGAAGGGGCUGGUGCCACCUAACCAACGCUCAUACCAUCUUUCCCUCCCCCACCCCCACCCCCACCCCAACCCCCCCCCCCCCCCCCCCCCCCUCCCCCUCCCCCUCCCCUCCCCCCCCUCCUUCCCCCUUAUCCCCUCCUAUCCCCCGGCCCCUCCCCCCACACACACGCGCGUGAACGUGUGA